UGGACCGGAGCGAGAAACGGACUGGACCGGAUCCCGAAGAGGACUGGACCGGACCGCAGUGCACUGAUCUGCCGGUUUCCGCGGCUGUGAUGUCACACUUGUGUCUGUCUGCUUCUGGACUCGGCUGAAGAAGAAGAAGAUGGCGACCGCCACAGGAGUUAAAGUUCCACGCAAUUUUCGCUUGUUGGAGGAGCUUGAAGAGGGGCAGAAGGGCGAAGGUGACGGCACAGUCAGCUGGGGCCUGGAGGAUGACGAGGACAUGACCCUCACACAGUGGACAGGCAUGAUCAUUGGACCGGCAAGAACCAAUUAUGAGAACAGGAUAUACAGUCUGAAAGUGGAAUGUGGACCUAAAUACCCAGAGAUGCCCCCGACCGUUAGAUUUGUAACAAAAAUUAGCAUGAAUGGGAUAAAUAACUCGGACGGGAGGGUGGAUUCGCGUAGCAUACCAGUAUUAUCAAAAUGGCAGAAUUCUUAUAGCAUUAAAAUUAUUCUUCAAGAGUUAAGGCGUCUAAUGAUGUCCAAAGAAAAUAUGAAGCUUCCACAACCACCAGAAGGACAAAGCUUCAACAAUUAAAUUGUUAAUGGAUUGUGUCGACCCUCUGUCUUAAAUCUUACUCUCUUAGAAAAUAUUGUGUAAAAUCAUCAAGAGGCUCACUUCGCACACCAACAGUUAUCAUCUGCAAGAGCAAGAUUGGACUUUCUUAUUACAUAGCUCAUUCAAAAAACAAAAAAACAAAUGUCCCUGCAGUUAAGCACCGAGUAGAUAGUGAAAAGACUACAAGACCACAGUUAUCUGCCUUUUAAUAAAGUUACUUUGACAAUGACUUUAAUGUUCGACCUGUUCCAGCUUGACGAAGGAAGCAUGACGCCACGCUGAGGCUGUCCUAACAGUUUUAUUCGUUCAAACGACCGAUCACUGAAGUAAACGGCAAGAUGUGUGUGUGUACGAAGGCAUGUUCUGUAACUAAUACCUAGUCAAAGAGAAGCCACAUUUAUUAUUUUUUGUCUUCGGUUGUUAGUCAAACUUAGCAGGUUUAAUUGAAAUAUCAUGCAGAUUUAAGAGUAUUGAACUGUGGCUGUAGUGUAAAAGUAGUGUCACAAGGUAAGAACGAUUUUUUUUAACAAAUAUAUAUAAAUCUAUCUAUAUAUAUACAUCUGUACUUGACACAAUACCAAUAUGUUUCUGUUCUGUGGCUCUUUGACAUGUAACAGACGUUGAAGCCUGCUGUGUUCUGAAACUCUUGCAUUUAACUUCCAGUGAACAUGGCAGGUGUAUGAACUUGUGAUUUUCUUGAAAUUAAAAAUCACUGUCUGCGAAAGAAAAAAAUCAAA